UUGUCCAAAAAUGAAGACCUAGUCCGAGUACAAUUUGACUUGUUGCUCAAAUGCCCAGAUGAGAUUAGUGAUGGAACAGUGAGAGUUGUUUCAGAGGGAGCUUCCCUCUUGAGUCUUGUCGUUGUACUCGUACUACGUACUACUACGCGAGCUAGUCAGCUUCUUUCGGUCGUGCCGCAAUCGGCGUGUGAUGAGUGCGUGUCUGGAUGCCGCACGAGUCCUAGCGAUAUGGUGGGAUUCAGGAUCCCGGAUCAUGGACAAGUCAUACAAGGUGCUGACUCCCAAAGCGAUAGGAUUCGCAUACGCUUUCUUCCGACAUCGCUGUCUCCAAGUGUCGAGCGGCGACUGUGCCAAAUGGAAGCCCCAUUACGUCAUUCGCAAUUCCCGGGAUGGCCUUGCGAUGCAACGAGAGUCAUCGAAUACGGGUGGAGAAUCGCAAAGAAGCUAGAAUGGGAGACUAUUGCGCAGUCAGUGCAGUAUGGGCAAGAACAUGGGCGUAUCGUCGUCGUCGUACCGGAAGUCCUGCACAGGAUCAAGUUUUGUCACACGAGCCCAAACAUGGCCAUAUUCUAUUACAAGUCAUUCCGAGAGAUACGUGCUACGAAUACGGCCAUCUUCGCAGACGACGUCGGAAAUGUGAUUCUUGUUUUGCCACCGAGAGAACCGGCUGACCCAUACUCUUGGUUGCAGUUCGUCAACGCACUCAAUUUGUGGCUCUCGUGUGGAGCUCAUGUAAUCAUCGUCAACGGACCCAGAGCAGUCGAAGAAAACAGUUGGGACCGAUUGAACGCCAAGACAAGGAGUCAUAUCAAUGGAUAUGUGGACACGUAUCCAUCGUUUCUGAAUCAGAUACACUGCCUCGUCCCUGCCGAACCUGGAAUUCUCAGUUCUACAAUGGCUUGUCUGAAGGUUGGCGUGGUUCAUAACCCCGAUAGGUGGUGGCCAGUGGAACAAGCAGUCGAGUUUUUCGAAUUUUCUGAAGGAUUACGUGAAGCUCGACUCUGUAAAGAUUCCGAAAACCAUGAAGCCGAGAGGAAAUCCGUCGGUAGUAAGAAGCGCUCAGUCGUCUGGAAGGCCGUGAUAAAAGUUGGCCGAAUUUCUAAGCGCCACUUGAAGCGCGUGGAAAAACGCAAGCUGCGGAGUCUGGAGAGAGCCACCGAGAAAAAGCUGGAACAACUGAAAAUGUAA